GUUAGCAGUUGGAUUUCGAAGCAUUUUUCGGCUUCUGUAAAUCCUGGAGGUCGGUUUUUAGUAUAUCGUAUAACUACAACCUUCUUACCACUUACGGGAUCGGUUACAAAUUUGUGCCAGUCUAAGCGAUAUUUAAGCCGCCGUUCGUACUGAUUGGGACUUUUCUGUGUACAAAAUGAAUUACCUAGGUUACUGCGUUUUCCUUUGUUGCCUUGAACUGGUGUUCGGCGAGCCAGCUGCUGACAGCCAACAUGUUUGUGAGUACCAGGAAAAAAUUGAAGUGAAUGAAGUUGGAUCUAGAGUAUACGCCUCCGAACCAAAGAACGUUACACAAUGCGAAGGUUUCCGUUGCAUUAAUUACACAAAGGAGUUUUCUGCUCACUUUUCGAGAAGGAUAAGGACCAAAACAACAAUCAGAAUGAAAAAGUCAUGCUGCAGUGGAUUUGUCGAAGAUCGUGCCGGUUAUUGUGCGCCCCGCUGUCUUGAAGUGUGCGACGAUGGAUACCUUCUCUGUGUAGGAUUCAAUGGGUGUGAAUGCUCUCCGGGAUUUAUUCCGUCCGUGACAACUUGUGAUACGUACCAUUGCCCAAAGAAUCGAUUUGGGAAGAGAUGCCAGUACCGCUCCAUCUUAUGCCAGAACAACGGCACGUGUAUGGGGAACCGCUGCAUCUGUCGCCCCGGCUGGACAGGAGAUUUCUGCAAUAUCACAUGCCCACAUGGAUCCUAUGGACAGGAUUGCGGUGACACAUGCUGGUGCCAUAAUGGCGCACCGUGCCAUCCGGUCAGCGGCGAAUGCCUUUGUACGGCCGGUUUCUGUGGAGCGCACUGUGAACGUCCUUGCAGCCGUUCUACAAAGCAGACCGUUUAUGGACGCUGUCAGAAUGGAGGAUAUUGUCGUGAGGGUGAACAAAAAUGCACCUGCAGUCCUGGCUUAACGGGAGACGUAUGCGCCAACCGGUGCGACAGCGGUUUCUACGGGGAAAACUGCCAGCAAGUGUGUCCGGAUUGUGGUGAAAAUGCACGCUGCGAUGCGGUUACCGGAAAGUGCAAAUGUCUUCCAGGCCAGUUUGGGCAACAUUGUGAAAAGCAGUGUCCACCGGGACGGUAUGGGCACAUGUGCGGUCGGCAGUGCGCCUGCAUGAAUGGGGCCCACUGCAGUCCGGCUGAUGGAACGUGUGAAUGCCGAGAUGGUUACUUCGGGCAGUACUGCGAAAUAAGGAGAUGCCGGGAUAGCACGUUUGGUCCGAAUUGUGAAAAUAGUUGCAGCUGCAGCAGUUUAACGGAAUGUGAUUCAUACUACGGCGACUGCACGUGUCGACAAGACGCUUUGAAAAUUGGUGGACAAGCCUGUCUUGCCUGCUGCGUUCUGCAAGGUGGCCUACGCGGCUGUUACGAAAUGUGCAACACCAGUGACCAAUGGAUCUGCGCCCCAGAACUUGGCGGAUGUCACCCUGUAUUUUUGAGUAAUGGCACAGUCUCUGAUACGAGUACAUCUCGAACUUUUUCCCCAACUGCGGAAACGGCAGUUUUGACAAACGAACUGCCACCGAACUGGGGAACGGAACCAUUGAAAUCCAGUUAUGCCAAUCAGGCUUGCGAACCCGUUCGCACUUACAUCGGUUACAUCCACAACACCGUGUGUUUCCUUGCUGGCCUUUGUGUAGGCGUGCUGUUCUGGGUGAUUGUUUUCUUGCUUUGCGGGAAAGGAAAGAAUGAGAAGCGCUGCAGUGCAAGACUAAGGACUCGGACUGAAGCUUCGGAUUUCGGUGUCCAGUACGAUUUCUUCACCGCCAGACCAAAUGGACCCCUGCCGUUAGUUCCAGUUCCAUGCUCUUCGACGGACAACGUUGAGAUCCCCUGUGUGCACAACGAAAUUGUGGAAGCUUCACCAGUCAGUCAAAGAGUUGCACAACAGAGCGGUGCUCUCGCUCUGUGCGGACGUUUCAAUCACGGCUUCGACAACGAGUGUUACUGGAUUGCCGAUCUGGUCCCACCUGGAAAGAGUAAUCCGGACGAAGAGUAUCCCGCACCCUCUGGCAGCUGAGGUCAACUCGACCCAGUUUUCGAACGGUUAUUCGUUUUCGCACGGUUGUGAUUUUAUUAUAUCAUAAUUGGCGCGCAAGCAGCUGCUUCUUCUCGUUAACUUCAACGCACAGGGUUCUGUUUUUUUUAUUUGUUUACUAAAUUUAUACAGAAUAGUGCGAAAUGCGUCUGAAUGCACCUUGUGCGCGUUAAGCUUCUGCUACGUUU